AAAGCUUGUACUUCAUAUUGGGCUAGUCACUGUCUUGUGGUACUUCAAACAUUCAUUAUGUUUUCUAUUGUUUGGAUGAGCGUUGCUUUGAUUGCCGUCGCUUCGGCGAGCGACUACCAUGAUCAUGAACCUCACAGGACCUACGAGGAAAAAGUUAACCCCGUCGAAGUUCCAGUUUACAAAAAAUACGCGAUACCUAUACCACAUCCAGUAGCGGUAAAAGUGCCCCAAGAAAUAAAAAUACCCAUGCCACAACCAUAUCAUGUACCUGUGCAGAUUCCACAGCCUUAUCCCGUUGAAGUUAUCAAGCAUGUAGAUAUUCCUGUUGAAAAACCCGAACCUUUCGUUGUUGAAAAGAAGGUACCUUUCAUUGUCGAGAAGCCAUACGCUGUGUACGUGGAUAAAAAAUAUCCAAUCACCGUUAAUAAGCCGUAUCCAGUGUACGUUCCCAUCUACAAGCACGUUUUCCACCACAAGCAUUAAAUUAACUACAUAAUUCAUUACAUGUUAUUAAUAUUAUUGAUUAAAUAUUUAUCCAUUU